GUCAAUUAUGAGUUCAGAACAAUUAAAACAUAAGUUGGACAAUACAAACACAGAUAAAUUAAUUAAAAUGUCAAAAACAUGCGUUAGAUUAACCAAAUCAUUUUACGAUGUAUCUUGUCAAGAAUUAGCCUUAAAUUUACUUGGUAAAGUGUUAGUACGUCGUUUAGAUGAUAAUUCCCUAUUUAAAGGUCGAAUUGUCGAAACCGAAAGUUAUUUGGCUGAUAUUGAUAAGGCAUCACAUGCUUACAAUGGCAGACGUACUGAAAGGAAUGAACCAAUGUAUAUGCCUGCUGGAACAGCGUAUGUUUAUAUGACGUAUGGAAUGUACUUCUGUUUUAAUAUUUCUAGUUCAGAAUCAGGAGCUGCAGUAUUACUUCGAGCGUUAGAACCACUUACAAAUAUCGAAGAAAUGAUUUUAUUACGAUAUAAAGGAAAGCCAGUACCAAAAAAUUUCAAACAUCACAUGUUAUGCAACGGACCAUCUAAAUUAUGUAUAAGUAUGUCCAUUAACAAAGAUACGUGUAACAAAUUAGAUUUAAGUGAUGAUCGAAAUCAAGCAUUAUGGAUUGAGGAUGAUUUUGUUGACACAGAUUUUAAAAUUGUUAAAACACAUCGAAUUGGUAUAGAAUCAGUUGGUGAACCAUGGUCCAAAGCACCAUUACGAUUUUAUAUACAUGGUAAUAAUUAUGUUAGUAAGAGAGAUAAAAAAGCGGAACAAAUGUUUCAUAAAUGAACAAAUAAAUUUUGUU